AUGCAUCCUGUAGUCAAACGCGUGGACAUCCAUCACCACCUUUUCCCUCGAGGUGUAGACAAGUCCAAGGCCUCUGCAAAUGCCGGCUGGAGAACGCCUUCCGAGAGUCUCCCAUGGAACCCUCAAGUCAGCUUACGAGCGAUGGAGAAAUGCAAUGUAGAUGUGGCCAUACUCUCCACGCCUGCGGCCUCACACGGACUGCCUGGUCUCGAGAACCGAGCCAUUACACGGAAUCAUAAUAUCCAAGCAGCAGCAACAUGCGCUGCAUAUCCCUCGCGAUUUGGCUUUUUUGCUGCUUUGCCUCUCCUUUACGACGUCCUAGGUGCCUUGGCAGAAAUCGACUACGCGCUCGACGAGCUUAAGGCUGACGGCAUAUCCCUAUCCUCCUCUUACGGCGAGGGGCAGGACGCGAAGUAUGUUGGAGAUCAGCGCUUUGAACCCAUAUGGAAGGAGCUGGACAGGCGGCGCGCCGUUGUCUUCCUCCACGGCUGCCAGACACCCUCUUCUACACCGUACCCACAUGAAUACCUGGGCUUGCCUAUCACCGAAGUCCCGAAUGAAACCUUCAAAGCCGCCUCUCACCUUGUCGUGACGGGCAUGAAGCGCAAAUAUCCCAAUGUGAAGAUAAUAUUGGCACAUUUAGGAGGCAGUACCCCUUGGCUUGCUCCUCGCGUCGCAGUGCUCUCCACCCACAUGGGGUGUCCUCUAACACCGUCCCAAAUCCUCGACGAUUUCAAGAGUUUCUACUUCGACACGGCCCUCAGCGCGUAUGACACGAAUCUCGCUGCUAUGCUCAAAUUCGUCAAACCAGAUCGACUUCUCUUCGGCACGGAUUGCCCAGCCGUCAGCCCGCAGAUGUCGAAGUGGUAUACCGACAACCUCGAAAGCUUCUACGCCAAUGAUCCUCACAGCUUGCACGCCAUCAUGGCAGGCAACGCCCUUCGUCUCUUCCCCCGUCUCAGAGAAACCGUGGAACAUGCCCAUCCCCAGGCCCGACUGUGA